AUUUUUUAUUGUCUUUCAUGCAGUGUCAGGUUUGGUGGUAUGUAACAAAGGACCGCAAUUCUACCAGGUGCCCCCAUCGGUAGUGGCCUUCGCGACUACUCAAGGAGGUCGCUUGACAUGCUCAGCCAUAGGCGAUCCGACUCCCGUCGUCAGGUGGGUCAUGGCGGUGGACGGAUCAUCGGUUCAAAACAUCGAUCACAUCCGGAUAGCCGAUGGCAACGGGACCCUGUCAUUUCCACCGUUCUCAAGCAAGGAAAUAAUACCCGAAGUCCAUGACGGAGUUUACCGAUGUAUCGCGACGAACCGGAUCGGAAGUAUUCGGAGUCCGGAUAUACGGGUCAAUGCCGUUCAACUGCAGGAAUACCAAGUUCAACUCCAUGAUAAUCAUGUGAUGAGAGGGAACACUGCUGUGUUCAAAUGCAACGUACCACGCUUCGUGAAAGACUAUGUAAACGUGACCGCCUGGACGAGGGAGUCUAGUCUCCUACAAUCAGAAGGGCGGUUCAGUGUGUUACCGAGCGGCGAGCUUCAUAUCCGUGACGUGCGGGACCGUGACGCGGGCCAGUAUAGGUGUACAGUACGUAACAGGCUUACCAAUAAUAACAAAGUGAGCCCUCCCGCGGUGCUUCAUGUUGCAGAGCCAGUGAACACAGCUCCAGAACUUAUCCAGUCCAAGUCUGAUUUCACGUUGCGAGUUGGUGAGACGGUCGAGCUUCCCUGCGUUGCUAGCGGAUACCCGUUGCCUACCUAUCAAUGGUCGAAAGAUGGCGCCCUAAUCACACCUGGCGAUACUCGGAGUUUUCGUGGCGGUAACCUGUUGCUAAGCAACGUGCAGCUGGAUAAUGCUGGUCGUUAUGACUGUGAAGCAGUCAAUGAGCUGGGUACUGUCAGUACAACACGUAAUGUUAUUGUUAGAGACUCGAUAGCUGUAUACUUCUACCCUCAAAAAAGGAGUGUCGACGUAGGAGCGUUCGCUACCUUCAACUGUUCUGUAUCGGGCUACCCGAUAGAGCAGGUCACGUGGUAUAAGAACGCGCAGCCAUUGGACGGGGAUGACCGCGUCACUGUAUAUGAGAACGGUACAAUGGUAGUGGCGGGCAUGCGCAGAGAUGACCGAGGAAUGUACCAGUGCGUGGCCACUAAUAGCUGGCAGACACAAGAAGCAACAAUGCAACUUUCUCUUGGUGCCGCGAAACCAAUCAUGUUGGCACACUUCACAAACCAAACGCUCCAACCCGGGCCUAACCUCCAGCUCUCCUGCACCGUAGCAGGCAACCCUACCCCCGAUGUGACCUGGCUGAGGGAUGGCUUGGCGAUACCCACUGACCACAGAUAUACAUUUAAUGACGUCAUCAAUGAAGAUAGUGACGUCAUAAGUUAUUUGAAUAUAUCGCGGUUGGUUAGUGAGGACGGAGGAUUGUAUCGAUGCGAAGCAACGAGUGUGUUGGGCGCAGUACAACAUGAGGAUCGCAUCAAUGUAAUAGGUCGACCCUUAGUGCGCCCUCUACCCGAUGUGAUCGCCAUAGACGGCACUGAUGUUUCCAUCCACUGUCACGUGGUUGGAUUCCCUAUUACAUCUAUCACGUGGUACAAAGGGUUAACUACACUUCCCUCUUCAAUGCGACACACAGUGUUCCCCAAUGGAACACUGGUUAUUGCUGACGUCACAUCGUACGGUGAUGGUGGAGAGUAUACCUGUGUCGCUAGCAACGCUCGGGGAGACCGCUCGGCAUCUGAUAUGGACCUCAUUGUUAAGGUUCCCCCAGUUAUCCAGCCAAUCGAACCCCUAACUCUUCGACAAGGUCAACGAACUCAACUCAUGUGCAUCGUCACCCGUGGUGACCUCCCCAUUCACUUCCGGUGGCUCAAAGAUGGCGAAGCCAUUCCUCAUGGGGUUGGAAUAGAGUUUGUGAAUGGCACCUUUUCAAGCUCUUUGGUCAUAGCUGAUGCGUCUACAGUGCAUGAUGGCCGCUAUACGUGUGAGGCCAGUAACCUAGCCGCGGCAGUCAACUACACAACAGCUCUUACUAUUCAAGUACCCCCUCGAUUUGUCGUUGAGCCACACAAUACAGCCGUAGUUCUCAAUCAUACAGUAGUGAUAGCAUGUAUGGCUAAUGGAAAACCGAAUCCUGAUGUUCAGUGGAAAAAAGCUCCAGGUCCAACGACGACCAAUUUCCGUGACCUCCCUGAUGACCCUCGGUUUGAGAUGCAGGAGAAUGGAUCUCUUGUUAUCCGGGAAGCCCGGGUAGAGGAUGCCGGCUAUUACUUGUGUCACAUCAGUAACAGCGUUGGAAUGGACAGCAAAACGGCUACACUCACGGUCUUUGUCCCUGCCACGUUUGAACAGCAACAGCAGAACGUCACCGUCGAACUCACUGAAAGCAUCACCUUAGAAUGCACAGCUACGGGUCACCAACCGCUCGAGAUCAUGUGGUCGAAGAAUGACGUCCCAUUCAAUCGCUUGUCUACGUCACGGUAUGAUAUCGAGACAGUGACUGAUGGCGAUAGUGUACUAUCUAGUAUGACUAUCUUCUCCGCGGUACGAGAUGAUACAGCCACCUAUAUCUGCCUGGCUCAGAAUCUACAUGGCGCCGAUGAGCACGUCAUACAGCUUUGGGUUCAAGAGAAACCAGAGCCCCCGACAGACCUACAUGUCGUGAACAAGACGAGUAGAGGUGUGCUGUUGUCAUGGCAACCAGCAUUUGACGGAAACAGUCCCGUGACGGGUUUCACAUUAGAAUACAAAAAUGCAUCAGAUGCUUGGCAAACGGGUCUGCCCCAGGAGCACGUACCUGCCGAUUUAAUCGGCUACCAAUAUAGUAUCAAGCAUCUGCAUCCAGCCUAUACUUACCAUGUGAGGAUAUUCGCAUUCAAUGCUAUUGGAAUCAGCGAUCCGAGCAAGGAGAUCCUCUUUGAUACUGAAGAAGAAGCACCCUCUGGUAUUCCUUUGAAUAUUGAGAUCGACGCCUUGACCUCGCAAAGCAUCCAAAUAACGUGGAGACAACCACGAGCAGAUCUACAAAACGGAUUCCUUCUCGGUUAUCACAUUCAGUAUCGUGAUCCGCAUUCACCAUUUCAAUCUCGGAUAGUUCCGGUUGAAACCAAUUACAUUGAGAGUCGGACUUUGACUAACCUCAAGAAGUUUACCCGCUACACUAUUCAACUGAGAGCUUAUAACCGGGUAAAUGUCGGACCAUGGUCUCCCCAACAGUUUGUUACGACUCUGGAAGAUGUUCCGAGCGAAGCCCCACAUGAUGUCUCUGCCAGAUCAGUCGGGUCAACAAACAUCAUGGUCUUCUGGAAUGCACCUGACCAAGAGUCCUUGAAUGGCAUCUUACAAGGAUACAGAGUCUACUACAGACCAAUCAGAGAGCACGAAGAUGAACUGGAUUACCAAAUUUACGAAACGACCGAGCUGUUUGCUGAGCUUCACAACCUACAGAAGUUUACUAACUACAGUAUAUCAGUAGUGGCCCAUACACGAGUUGGUGAAGGAGUGAGAAGCGAAGAGAAGAUAGUUCGAACAGAACAAGAUGUUCCUGAAGCUCCUGCGGACAUCAAAGCGCAUGCUGCUUCACCUACAAGUAUCAUGGUCUCUUGGCUCCCGCCACUCUAUCUUAAUGGAAUCAUCACACAUUAUCAUCUUAACAUCCAAUAUCGAGAAGGAGAAAACGAGGUGCGGCAGGAAAAGGAGUUGGAUCCUACAACGUUUUACUAUCUGGUAGAAGACUUGCAGACAGACUACGAAUACGACUUUUGGGUGAAGGCCAGCACCAUAGCCGGACAGGGAGAAUCAAGCCGAAUUGCUACUGAGAUACCGAUGUCUAGAGUACCGGCUCGCAUCAUGUCGUUUUCUACAACAUUAAUGUCACCAUGGAAACGAGCUGUCACUUUAGAUUGUCUACCAGUCGGUGAUCCAGUGUUGACUGUUGAAUGGAAGAAAAACAGAUUACCUAACGUUCUCAAACCAGACGGACGUGUCGAUAUCCUUGAGAAUGGAUCUCUGGUCAUCAAAUCCGUACAAUCGACUGAUGCAGGCAAUUACACAUGCCGUGCUAUUAAUGAAUACGGGUCAUCAGACUCGAUUACUGUACGCGUUCAAGUAUUGGUGUUGAACGAUACGACGGGUACCCCUCCUAACCCCCCGCAAUUGACCAUUGGCUCGACGUCUAACAGCGCUAUUAAGGUCAACUGGAGGUCAACCGGAAAUGGAGGUUCUUCGAUUGUUGCCUUUCAAUUAUUCUAUCAACGCACCCACGAGCAAACCUGGGAGCGCUACGACGUAAAUGCUUCUCUUCGUAGUUAUCGUGCGACUGAUCUUCUAUGUGGUACUGGAUACCGGUUUUACAUCACAGCUCGUAACAAGCUUGGUGUGGGUAAACCAAGUGAUAUACUCUCAGUCAGCACUCAAGGAGAAAUUCCUAUACCGCCCUCAACGGACAAGAUCGUGCCAUUCACCAAUGCUUCUAGUAUAACAUUAGUCUUAGCAAGCUGGCAGAGUGGAGGAUGUCCCAUCGAGUCGUACAGUAUACAGUAUCAGGUAUUAGGACAAGAUGACUGGGAGAAUAUUGCGAAUAAUCUGCCAGGAAAUACGAGGGAUUAUACAGUAGAUGACCUUCGACCCUUGACCUGGUAUCAGUUCCGGGUUACGGCUGUGAAUACUGCUGGUCCAAGCGUGUAUCCCUUCCGGGUCUCCACCGUAGCAUUCAGUGGUUCAGGUACUGCACCCCCUAUCAAGCAGAUCACAUCAAGGCCUUUAGCUUUCUACGAAGACCCGCGAUUAUUUGGACCAAUUCUUGGCAUUCUUACGCUCUUCGUCAUCCUCGGGUUCAUCAGCUAUUUCAUCCAUGGGUGUCGCCGACGUCGUAAGAAGGCCGUCAAGUCUCAGCAUGUCGUCGUUGAAACGCUGAGUGGACGGGAAAGUAACGGAAACUCCCCUUCGCAGCGUAAUAACAAUAAUCGCCCAACUGUCCACCUUCCACCGGAGAGGGAGCCGUUCUUAGGAGCUUACGAGAGAGCUGAAACAGUGGCUGUGAGACAAACACCUUGGAUAUUCAACGCUGACGAAGAGGAAGGUGAUUAUGCGAGCGAACCACGACGUCAUCACGGAUUAGCUGAUCCCUAUGCUACGUUCGAUUAUCACGAUGGAUCUAUAUAUCCGAGUAUGAGUACGUUUCGAUCCGAUGGAUCCAGCGGAAGUCUUAGUGAUUGCGGCGUUCUGAUGCACGAUGAGAGGCUAUAUGACAUCCCUCCGGAAGAGAUAGCGAGAAGAGGAUACUGUCGUCGUUAUCACACGUAUGCCCGCCUCGAUGACGUCAGACCUAGUCACACCGGAAGUAAAUCAGAUGGUCCCGGGUCACAGGCGGAUAGUUCCUCCUCUCCAUCACGAGGUAACAAGAGGCCUAGUAACGGAUCACUCUCUACCACAAACGAAUCAUCCAAUCGCGAAGAACUAGAACGCGCAUACUCGACUGGAAUGCGCAUAGAGGCUGCGCAGUUUGAGCUAAUCCAGUGCGCGAAUAAGAAACGUGAGGACUAUUCACCGGCGUCGAGUUCUAGCCGCUCGCAUGCGUCACGUGACCACCCUACGGUGACCAAUAGCGACAUAGAACACGGGAUCAGGAAUUUCACAGCGUCGCCACCAAUGCCUACAUUGCCGGAGACGAAUCACUAUGCACCGAGGAGAUACGUACAUACACUCGAAGGAGCCAGACCACGUGACCGGGCUCGGAUGUCACUUACGACAUCGCCCUCUCUUGUUCGAUCGAGCGAAGAGUCUAGUGACGUAGAUUUUGAGGUGGAAUCGUCGGAACGGGGUAGCAUUCACGUGUACCGGCCAAGCAGAUAUCGGUCUAAUAGACGGGUACCGAGACGGGGCUACGUCACGGCAAGGUCCGUUAUCAGAGCGGCCCGUGUACCGGGAAGAAAACACAGGCAUCCUAGCUCUCACCAGCAUGCCCGCCAUCAUCGAGGCACGCCGAGUAGCAGCUCACCCGAAACCGUACGAUCUCAUCCGAUUCAUUACCGAGCGCCUUCGAGUCCUUCCGAAGGUUAUAUUUCACUACCGUACGAUAGUUUUAGUGCUGCACACAGCGGGGUUACCGACAGUGACGCCGAACCGAGGAAACAUUAUGGUUAUUACAGACGAAGAGGGCGACCUCAGAUCAUUUGGACUCCCAGUGAUACCUUGCCUCCUGGAUCCAUUAGUGACCCUGAAAGAGGGCGCCAUCUACGUCACAUGAAUCCCAAACGCCAUGCUACGUCAGUUGGAGGGGUAAAGGUUGUGCAUCCGAUUCACCCGGAAACAGUUCGCUAUCACAUCCCAUCCGAGAUACGCGAGGAAGGUGAAUCGCCAAAGAAAGAACCUAGAUCAUGUAAACCUUUGAUGAUAACAUCUUACCCCUCACCGCCUCCGCCGCCACCACCACCACCAUCAUCACUGCCACCUAAACGGCGAGGCAGCCCGGAAGGCAACGAGCAAGAUGUGGAAGAAGAUAUUGAGAUUCAAGUCAUUGAUGAGUGCAGCAAAGCUAGUCCAAUAGGAGAUCAGCUUAGAGAGAGCAUUUCAGUCGUUUGAUCCGGCUCGUCAAAUAGUAAAACAAUACAGAGAGAACCUUUCGUUCUAUGAUCCGGUUUUUUCAAAGGAGAUCAGUUUAGGUAAAACAUUUCAGCUGUAUGACCUGGAUAUAGGAGAUCAGUUUACGGAAAUGAAAUAUUGCAGCCUCAUGAUCAUGAUGAUCCGGAUAGACUAAUAGAUCAGCUUAGAGGAAACAUUACCAUGAUUACGGUGGUAUGAUCCACCUUGUCCAGUAGAAGAUCAGUUAGAGG